ACUGUACUACAGAGCAGAGAUUUUAUAUACAAAAUAGAUUUAUAUAUAUAUAUAUAGGAUUUAAUAUAUGAAAGGACUAACAACACUACUACCAACUACCACCUUCUAUCUACUUUGGAUUGUGUUCUUAUCUGGGAAAGAGCAGGAAGAUGGAAGAUUGGUCAUCUUGGAUGCUCAUCUUAACAGGCGGGCGGGACUUUGCGCUAAUCAAAAUCUGUUCUCAAUGGAUGCCAUCGUCAUUUGUCUGUUACCUUGCUCUACAGGCACUAAACGUUGAUCGCAUCGUUCACCAGCAACGGAAACAAGCGUUUGUAAAAGAAACUCUUAUUGUGGGUCUUUGCUCUUCCCGGCGAGUGUGUCAUCAGUCAUGCCGGGUGCUGCGAGCUGUACUUCGUGACAGUCGCCUGUGAAAACGGUUUUGGACUUCAGGAUUUCGUCUGCGCUAUUUUUCGUUCUCUACCAAAUCGUGCAGAUGAAUCCAGAUUCGGAAGACUCCUCUUAGCCGUGGCUCGCCUUGCUGAAAAGCACGUCUGAAGGACCAAGGAUACUGGAUCUUUGUUUGUAAACACCGCAGGCAGGGAACCAAACGAAUGAAUUGAUGCUCCCAUUUCAGUGGUGUAACGGGUUCUUCUGCGGUUUGGGACUGAUCUACUCCAACAAGACCUGCACCAUGCCACCUGUCACCUUCCAGGAUCUGCCGCUCAAUAUCUACAUGGUCAUCUUUGGCACAGGGAUCUUUGUCUUUGUACUCAGCCUCAUAUUCUGUUGCUAUUUCAUAAGUAAGUUGAGGCAUCAAUCCCAAAAUGAACGUUUUGGAUAUAAAGAGGUCAUCUUGAAAGGAGACACCAAAAAGUUGGAUCUUCAUGGGACGUGUGCAGUGUGUCUGGAGGACUUCAGAGUGAAGGAUGAACUGGGAGUAUUGCCAUGUCAACAUGCUUUCCACAGGAGGUGUGUGGUAAAGUGGCUGGAGGUGCGGUGUGUUUGUCCCAUGUGUAACAAGGCCCUGGCUGGAGUGUCUGACCAGCACCGCAUAGGCACCCUGCUGGACGAGCUGGUGUAGAAGUGGGACAGGACUGGAGCCAUGGCAUCUGUCUGCCAAGAGACCUCCACAGCCCGGAAGUCGUAGCUCUGACCCCUCAUUUCUUCCUCUUCCUCACUCACACUCUAAGUCCACUGCCAGGUUCCGCCCAUGGCUCCCGAGUUGUAGCUCCAGCGGCGGGUCCGUCUCUGAGCCGCUGGUCCUUCAACAGCACUGACCUCUCCUGGAGAUCAGACUGCAGCUGGAAGUCUGCCCAUGGUGACCCUGCAGCUGGACGUCUGCGCACGGUGACCCUCACUGUUGGUCCAAGCACAGGGAGGAGAAAUGCAAACUGAGCAUCUCCAAGAGCAUUCCAAUACCAGGCUGGGUACUACUGCUGCUCCCCUCACACAGUCCUUGUUUUGGACUGGAGCUCAACAAUAUGGAGGGGAAAAACAACAAUAUUGUGAUUACAUUGCUACAUGCUGUGAUUGAAGUGUGCCUUGCAAUAUGAUAAAACACACCGGUGAGCCCUCAAUCUGACCCAGUUAAGGAUUGGCCUGCACUAUUUUGACAAAUAUUGUUUAUGAGUAGAUUUUUAUGAAUAUUAUUAUUAGAAUUUAUACAUCAUCAUACAUGAAAACACCCAAAGAACUAGAAUGUCAGGACACUCACAGCACAUGAUUGAAAAAAUGUUGAUUUUCAUAUUGCAGACUUCUGAAGUAGCAGUAUUUUGAAGGCCAGUAUUGCGAUGAUGAUUUACAAAUUAUAUAUUGUGCAUCCCUGUUCUGGACUCUGCCACUAAAUUGACCAUAACUCAGUGCACUACAAAUAGGAGAUCCCUCCAUGUGGGGUGGGUGGGUGUGUGUGUGUGUGUGUGUGUGCGCGCGUGUUUUAUUUACUAAUCUGUCAUCUGUCUUUGGGAGACAGCCCUCCCCCUGUCCAGAGACAUGGCCAAAUGUCCCUUUUUUUCUAUUACAAAUCGUUCUGGUUUUGAUCAUAGUGGUAUUCAUACUGAGACAUGCUGUAUUGUUUAAAUGAGUGUUCAGAAUAAAGCAUUCUGCCAUA